CCAAUCGAUCCGUGGUCGGGAGGAGUGAUGGGAGAGCCGAGCCUCUGCCUCCCGCAUCCCCACAUCCCCCCGGACACUCUCAUCUCUCUCCGCCGGCUGCUCAGCGCCUCGGCGUGACGCGCUGAAGUAAAGGGAGGUGAUGAUGGCAAUCUGGAGCAAGUCGCUUUUGCGCGAAGCCGGUUUUUGUUUGAUGAGAGGGGCUGUUUGUGCGCUGUAGCCUUCUUCUCUGUGUGUUAUCUUCUCUGGGCUGGAUCUGGACAGGAGGCGCAGAAGGAUCGGACUCAUCACUUCUGGGGAAACGGAAACAGUGGAGUUGAAGCAGAAAGUGGCCAAAGUGCUCUGCCGUCUCUCUUGGAUUUGUUACACUUGCCAGUUUAAUCAUGACGUGGAGGUUAUAAAUCUGGAGGCUUCUUCUGUUUGAGGCGAGGAAGAGGAGGAAGAGGAGCAGGUUCGAGGUGCGUGUGGACGCAGCCAUGGCCGGUACCCCAUGAGAAGCUGCGCGGAGAGACACAAGGAGACGACCGGCAGGAUGAGUGUGAGGGGAGGGUCAGCUUGGCCUUGGCAGGUGGCCUUCCUCGUUGCCUUGGUGAUGCUCUGGGCUGACCCGGCGUCUGCUGGCAAUCGCAAUCAUCGGGGACCAACAGUAUCGUAUCAGGUGAAGCAGGGMACGUGUGAGGUGGUGGCGGUCCAUCGCUGCUGCAAUAAGAACAAGAUCGAAGAACGCUCUCAAACYGUCAAGUGUUCCUGUUUCCCAGGUCAGGUCGCUGGGACCACCAGAGCCAGACCCUCCUGUGUAGAAGCAUCCAUUGUAGCCCAGAAGUGGUGGUGCCAAAUGCAGCCCUGUAUGGACGGAGAGGAGUGCAAAGUUCUGCCUGACCUGACUGGCUGGUCAUGCAGCACCGGUAACAAAGUCAAAACCACCAAGGUUACACGAUAGCAAGAGAGCCCCCGAGCCGUACAGGGACCUGGAGGAGGGUGGAUGACUCAGACAAGCUUACAGUACGACRGUGGAAAGAAAGGACCACUGUCAGGACAUCUGUCACAAACCAAAUGGAUAAAAUGUACUCAUCAGAAACUAUGUGCACCAUUUGGAGCCACACAUGCAGUAUAUUUAUUGAACUUACUGAUGAGCCUAAGGGACUUCAAUCAAGGCACACAUAGACAACAAAGCUACUCCUAUUUUCUAACAAAAGUCUGUGUAGAUUGAUAAACACUGAUGAGGCUUUUUAAGCGAUAUAUUUCAGCCAAACAUUUAGGUUUGGGUGGAAACGUUAGCAAAAAAGAAAAAAAAAAAAGGUGGAUCUUCUGAUUGUGUUGCUGGAUUUGGUUGAAAUGUAGAACUUACACUGGAAACUCUGGACACGUUUUGGGAACAAUGAAACCGACAUAAGCUCAUGAGUAGAAAAUAGCAAAUUAGCAUCAGCUGCUCUUGUGGGUCGAGUCACUACCAUGAAGACUGUUUUUGCAGAAGUCAUUUAGCAGUUCCAAUUAGGGGACUGCAGUAGGACCAUAACAACGUAUUAAAAAUUUAUGUAGGAUAUUUGCACUAGUCAGAACCAUUUGGGAAUGUUUUGUUUUCCAAGCUAUCGCACAUGUUCUGCUGUGGAUCUUAGAAAAAAAAAAAGAAAAAAAAAGAAAAGAAACAACUUGGAGGUGAGCGUUUUGUAAAAUGUCUGACGUUUGACAAACUGUAGAUAAAUAUGCAUAUCAUACCAACACUCAAUCUGAGUAGUUAUUUGUUAUAAAYGACUCAGACUCUUGAGCUUUGCUUUGGUACCAUCUGAACUUGCACAGAGCGCCUCGUGUGUCUCGUUUUUGCUCCGACACGUUUAUGAGCUCGGCCUCGGAAGUUAUGUAUCUUUGAUGUGUGAUGUUCGGUCUGCGGCGUCUUUUAUGUCAACAGUUUUUAAGGAGGCUCAUAAAUGUUUGAGCAAAACAGUUGGUUUUGUCUUCAUGUUACUAUUGAUUUAAAGCAUUUUUUCCCUUCUCCAAGCGGUUAAAAGCACUGUAAAUACAAAGCACUUAUAUUAAUAGAUUUUUUUGUAGCUAUCUUUAUGAGGAGAUUUAUGUUUCCGUGCUCAACAUUUCCCAUUGAUUGCAUCCAGAAUUGCAGUAAAUCAAUGAUUCAGGGA